AUGGCUUCAGGCAGGGAUGCUAUUUCCGACGAAAGCAAAGGUCCCGGCGACUGGGCCUACAAUGGCGUAGACGAGCUCGAGCAGGAGGCUCUCUUCUCUCAAUGCACCAGCUGCUGCAAAAGUGGCAUCUGCAACAGCAGCAGCAGCAGCAGCGGCAGCAGCAGCGACAUCGACAAACACAGCGACGGCGACGGACCCAUUUCGCGGGGUCCAAAUGACCAGUUGUCGCGGCCUCAGAAGGUCUGCGAAAUCGGCUACCUCCUCCUGUCGGAGGCGGGCGGAGACGGUGUUGUCGGGACUCGCGUGGACGCUUUGAACUCGGCGCAAGGGCCAGCGGCCAUCUUCUUCAAACACCUCCUCCACUACCCUCGACUGUUGGCGGAGCUACGCACUCGCCUCAACUGCCACUCCGACUCGCCUCCAGACGCCGCCGUCGACGAGGUGACCGCUGCCGUCCUCCUCCGACUCGCCGGUCUGUCGCCGGCGCAGACGACGCGAUUGCAGCUGUGGUACAACAAAGUGUGGAAGCGACGGUAUCACGGCCUCAUGGACGCUGUCCGGUUGAUGCACUCGGACUACCGACAUCUGAUGUCGCUGCUGGCGACGCCGCAACGGUCGGACAUGAUUCAGUUGCCACGACAACCCGACACGGCCGUAGAGACGGCCGGUCUGGCCGUCAGUCUGGUCGACCAAUUGUGUCUGCAACUGGUCUGCCCGACCGGCCGGGCCGGAAUCACUCGCCUCGGUCGCCACGACCAGCCUCGCUUCCUCUUCACGUCGGCCGCUUUCCUCGAGGAUCUGCGUCUGCAAUCCGACCUCCAGACGGCUCGUUUGCAGGCUGUAGCCCAGCUCUGCUCGCAGCGCUCGGCCCUAGUCACCAGGGCCCGAGAACACCGUCUCCACGGCUACCGAGAAGUGGGCAAGAAGGCGCGUCGUCUGGACGAACUGAAGAGUCGGGUGGCCGGUCUGUCGGCCGCGGGCCCGUCGGCCUGGCUCGGCAUGGCCGACUUCAAGACGGACUCGAUGCGCUGUCGUCUGUCGGGCAUGCAAGAGCGAAUGGCUCAGUUGGAGUCUGUGCUGCACGAAGAGGAGCUGCAGCGCAGGAGU